AUUCCAUGUCUGUGCAGCGGUGCCUCAUGUUUGCUGUGCCAAUGUUGUCCCAACAGCAAGAACUCCACAGUGACACGUCUUAUCUAUGCCUUCCUCCUUCUCCUCAGUACCUUUGUUGCCUGUAUCAUGCUAGCACCUGGAAUGGAAGUGCAGCUGAAAAAGGUGCCUGGAUUUUGUGAUGAGGGACUUCAUACCCGACUACCACACAUAAAUGGCUUUGUCAACUGCGAUGUAAUGGUUGGAUACAGGGCUGUCUAUCGAAUCAGCUUUGCCAUGGCAGUGUUUUUCUUCAUUUUCUCUCUUCUUAUGCUACAAGUAAAAACAAGUAAAGAUCCAAGAGCCUCAGUGCACAAUGGGUUCUGGUUCUUCAAAAUAGCUGCCAUAGUUGGUCUCAUGGUUGGAGCUUUUUACAUUCCUGAAGGGCCUUUCACAACAGCAUGGUUUAUUAUCGGCACUCUUGGAGCCUUUUGCUUUAUCCUAAUCCAGCUGGUGCUGCUUGUGGACUUUGCUCAUUCUUGGAAUGAGUCCUGGGUUGAGCGAAUGGAGGAGGGUAACUCCAGAUGUUGGUAUGUGGCUUUACUUUGUUUUACAAGCUUGUUCUACAUCUUGUCAAUAACGUUUGUUGUGCUCUUCUAUGUAUUCUACACUAAACCUGAUGGUUGUGCUAAGAACAAAUUCUUCAUCAGCUUUAAUAUGAUCUUGUGCAUUGCUGUCUCCAUCGUUUCUAUCCUUCCAAAAGUUCAGGAACAUCAACCUCGCUCUGGCCUCCUCCAAUCUUCCAUUAUUAGUCUUUAUACAAUGUAUCUCACUUGGUCUGCUAUGUCUAAUGAGCCAGAUAGAAGCUGCAACCCAAGUUUGUUGAACAUCAUCACGCAGAUAACUGCACCUACGAUAGCUCCAGAUAAUGCAACUGUUAUACCUGCUACUACAGCUCCACCAAAGUCCUUGCAGUGGUGGGAUGCACAGAGUAUUGUUGGGCUUGCUAUCUUUGUUCUUUGUCUCUUGUAUUCUAGGUAAGAUCUGAGUUACUCAAAGCAGAAGAACAAGCUGACUUUCUCGACAAGUGACAAUGCCAUCCUGGAUGAUUCUGUGGGAACUGAUGGUGCAUCUGUGGAAGAUGGCAACGCGCGUCGGGUCAUGGACAAUGAGAAGGGGGGCGUUCAGUAUAACUAUGCUUUCUUUCACUUCAUGUUGCUCCUUGCCUCUCUCUACAUCAUGAUGACUCUCACUAACUGGUACAGUCCUGAUGCAGACUUCAAAACUAUGACAAGCAAGUGGCCAGCCGUGUGGGUGAAGAUCACCUCAAGCUGGGUCUGCCUCCUCCUUUAUCUCUGGACCCUAGUGGCUCCUCUUGUUCUUACCAAUCGGGACUUCGCUUAAUGAUUGUGGGUAUCUGAUAUUAUGAAAAUGCCUGAAGCUCCUCUGCUGAAAGCCAAAAUGUCCUGUAUUGCUUCAAGUUUUUUUUCUUAAACUAAGGCAAAUGCAUUUUUUCAUGUUACAUGCAGGUGGAUAGAAAGUGCUGAAUCAUGUAAUGCUUGAUGCAAAAUCUAAACUGUUACUUUUGAUACUAUUUCAUAUUGUGUGGUUAUUAGUGCAUUUAAGAUAAUCUACAGGCUGUGCUGGUAGUGUUGCAGCACAAAACACCUGUAGCAUCCAUUAGUUCCAACACAAUACUGAGAACAAAGUAAUAUAUUUUUAAAGACUAAGCUGUAUUCAACCUAAUGCACUGUUGUACCAAUGCUUCAGUAUGCGGACAUGUAAGCCAUACAGUGUAAGUUUCUACAUUCCAUGGUAAAAGGUUGUCCAAAAGAGUGUCCUCCUGUUUGUGGGCAGAAACUUAUACAUUCACUACAAGACCAAUUUAUCUAGAAGAUGUGCAGCUAUUAACUAAUUCCUGUUCCUAGAAAACUUUUAAUAUGUAGGAGGCAAAUUUUACAGACACUAUGCUUCUUGUUUUCCAGUUAUUUUAAUUUUGAUUUAGCAGAAGUAUAUUGGUAUAAAGUAACUUCAAAUUAAAAUUAUGCUGGGAAAAUA